AUGGACUCCCUUGAAAAUGGGGAUGAGCAUGGGGAAAUGGGAAACGGCAUUUGGUACAACAGUGACCACCGCGAUUGGGUACGCGUUGCCGGACGAUAGUACCCAUUGUACCCUGUCAAAGGGUUGAGACCAUCAUCACUGCGCAAAUCAUCCUCCUCCAGCAGCAGCAGCAUCAACAACGCCUGCCCUCCGCCGCCGCCCACUCCGCACCAGGUGAACUCCGCCACAGCCGCCGCCGGCAGCAGCACUCCGCCUCACUCCCAGCAUCCGCAUCCGCAUCAGCACCCAUAUCCGCAUCAGCAUCAGCACCACCAUCAGCACAGGCGCAGCAGCAGCUCCAGUCACACCAGCCACGCGGAGAGCUCGAGCGGUUUGGCCACAAAACCGGCCAUCAAUUUGCUCGGUAAUCAGCUGCAGGUCAACUACUUUGAGUUCCCACCCACAGCUCCAGGUCAGGCGUUGUUGGUCAACAGCGGUCGCACCACAGCCUCCACACCGUCGUUGAGCAGCCACCACCAACAGUACCAAUACCAGUACCAGCACCAGCACCAGCACCAACCCGGAGGCACCACUGUCGGUGGCAACUACAGCUCGGCAGUUGCCAAAGCGGCUGCUUCCACCGCCUGUGCUCUACUAGCCACGUGCCACGUGUCCAAAGAAUCCCCCAAACCGAGGCAACAGAAGCCGCAGCCCACCCACUCGGAGGAGCUACAGGCCACCACAAGCAGCAUGGGUCGACGCGAGAUAAAGCGCUCCAAUACGAGUGGCUCCACCACCAGAUCCUAUGACAGCGGCAGUGCAACCACAAAUUUUGUUGGAAAGUUCACGCAGAGUGUGCGGCGAAUCGUACAGGAUGUGAAGGAUGAGGGGGCGCCUAGUGGAAUGACCCGGGACGAGGUAAUCGAGACCAACGAGCGCCUGAGAUCCUUGCGCCUUCGCCUGGAAGAGUCCUACGAGACGGCCAAGAAGGCCCUGAUCAACCUCAUGAACAAGUACGGCGAUUCCAAGAGCCAGCGCAACAUUUUCCAACGCUAUCCCAUGCUCAAGCUCAUGAUUAAAGAAGUGAUUCGCCUGGAGACCCAGUAUUGGACCUUGGUGGACAUCCCGCGGCAGGAGAAGCAAGAGACGGUGCCCUCAUACGUGAUGCGUGCUUGCUCGAUCAUGGAGAAGACCCAGAAGUCCGGCGAGGGAGUGAAGACCUCCGCCCGUCUGGCUGAGGAGGCGGCCGAGCGAAGGGAGCGCAUGGAGCGACUGGAGCACAUGACAACGGCUCAGAUCGAGCACGAGAACACGCAGCUGAUAAACGACUUGUACCGCUUGCUGAAAAAGUAUCUGGGCCUGCGGCAUCUCAUCCGGGUGUUGAAGGAAGAGUACGGCAGCUCGAAGAUGUAUCCGAUAUUUCCACGCUACACAAUGCUGAAGGACAUGAUAAAGGGCAUCAUGCACGACCCGGACUACAUGGAGGUGUGCCACGAGACUCUGGCCAACGCCAACUGAGCCGAGGGCACCGGAAAUGGCAGGCGUCGCAUGAGUGUCAUUUGAGAGGGCCCAAAAACUACAACCGAUACAAACAGCAGCAUUCGCAGGACCUAGGACCUAGGACCUCGAGCUGUAUUCGCAUGCGAGUUUCUGUCAUUCCGGCGUGAUUUAGAAAAUUCUGAAACAAUAGCCUCCCACGUCUGAGGAGGUGGGGGUUUUGUUUCACUUUCCCCUCUUCUACGCCCAGUCUCUUUCGGCCCUUCUCUUCCAGCCAACACUCGAGGCAAGCCAAACAAACAAGCUAAUAAAAUAACUAACCGACUAACUACUAACUAAAACUUGAACUAAAACCAGAACUAUGUAUAUCCAAGCCCCACCAUUACCACCCACUACCACCAAACUGAACAAGCAACUAUUUACACUACAUUAUCAGAUACAAACACUCGAAUACUCUUCGGCACUAAAGUGCCAGCAAACAAACUAAAAAGGCAUUUAUUUUAAUGAACUUUUGAGAGGAAACAAAGUAAAACCUAUGAAUACAAAGGAGAACCCAAGAUAUUUUUAAGAUCAAGAUAUGCUCAAAGACGAUAAGCUCGAAUGCGAGUUUAUGGCGAAACCGAAGUUUGUGUAAUUUGAGCCUAUUAUUAUGCCUAGAUAUACACGGAUUAUAUAUUUGAGAAAGCAACCAAAACUAAAUGCUAUCCACAGCAGCCAAACAGGAGUAUAGAGGAUAGUUAAAGGACUCCCUGAUUUGGCUUGACUACGCCUCGGUUUGGUAUUCUUUCCUAGUCGAUUAGCCAUUAUACUAUGUAAUUACCAAAGUGUAUCAAGCUAUAUUAUUGAAUAGUUCCCACGCCUAGAUGUAUUACUUACCUAGUUAGACAAUAUGCGGGAAAUAUUCCCAAUCGAUGUGAGAACUCUUAACACUUUUUAGGCAAACACAACACCAAUGCGAACACCAUAUCCUAGAACCUAACAUGUAUCCUAGAACACGGUGUUACUGUCUCAGUGGCAAGAAAAUGCUUUAUAUGUGUCUCAGCUUUAAGUCCCACUGCAACUUGCCAACGUGCAACAAAUCGUGGCAACACGACUCCAUAAGUUUUUUGAAAUGGGAUAUAUGUAUUAUUGUAUUCGUUGUUGUACAUACCAAGUAGCUUUCUAGCCUCCCAACACGCCCCCCUAUCCCUUCGAACACACGAGACCAAAAGGAAAACCUAGACGAGCUUACAACUUUCAACGAGAGCUAGAAAAAUCCACAAUUUCCAUUUAAGUUAUUUUUUCUGAUUGUAUCUGUGUUUUAUUUACUAUCGAUACAAAGUCUCUGGAAACCAAAAGCCAUUCUCUGAAGCUACAACACUCUACCGACACACCCACCGAUACUCCGAUGAUACUGUACAUCUCACAGAGCUCACACAUAUCCGUAUGUAAGUAGAUCGGAACCAGAUUCCAAUGACCGCAAAGCAAUUGAGUGCAUAAAUUAGUCCUGCAAUUGUGUUCGCCUGUGUUUGUGUAUAUUAUCAUUAUAUGCCUGAUGGAGCCCGAUUACUGCUUCAUUUUUCCCAGGACAAUGAGUUUCAGGCUUUAAAACAAACACGGACGCUUUAAAGUUUAAACAAAACACCCACUCUGCCUGCCUCCCAUACUGGCCUUUAAUUAAAAAACACACAAAUAUUUAAAAAGUACAUCAGCUAGAUAAACAGUCAUCAUGAAUAAAUCAAAAUAGAUAAUGAACGUUGGAAACAUAGCAAAUUAAUUAUGCAAAAUCCAUACUCUAAAGUGAAUUAAAUAAAAUUUCAUUUAGCCGAGUAAGUCUAAGCGACGCGUUUUGUUGUUUGCGUAGUUAAAUGUUGAGCAUUAAAUUUGAAUUAUAAUGAAUUUAAAAAUGUUAGUCGCAAUUCGCAUAUGUGCAGGGGAUAAGCCACAUAAUACAUGAUACUUAACGUAAAAACAGAUAUAUUCAACCAUGCAAUUAUAGCUAAAACUAAUUAAAACUAAACCGUAAUGAUCAGGUAUUAAAGUUAUGACGUUUAAUCAAAAUGUAUUACAAAGUGUGUUACAACAUGUGUGUGUGUGCGUGAAUGUGGCCAAUACAAGCGCAUUGCAAUAUAGGAUAUAGAUUGAACUAAAACCAACAAAAAAAAAACCAAAAAGAGUUAAAACCAAAAAGAGUUUUUGGGCGAUAUUGCUGCAUACCAGUACAGAGACAUAAACUAUAGUUAUAUAUGAUAUUCGUAUUAUUGUACAACUUAUACACGAUCGACAACAUCUACACGUACUCGUAUGUAUACUCUAUUUAUACACACAGACCCACACGAUCAAAGGAUACCUGGGCUGUUGGUAAUCCUGCAAACCAAACUGCAAACAAAAAUGAAUAAAACAAAACUUCGUACAACUUUACCUUUUCAACAUCUCAGUGUCUAAAAAUGAUUAAAUGUAUCUCCGCAAAGGAAGUUACCAUUAUAUUGGAUAUAUUACUAAAACUAAAAUAUAUGUCAAGACACUACAUAAUAUGAGGAAAUCGAUAAAUAUAUUGAUAUUCAA